CUAAACCAAGUCCCUCUUUCUGAAGAAGCGACAGAUGCACAUAUAGGUUGCCUGCAUCCCACCGAUUCCAGCAAAUGGGCAUGGCUCUCCUGAUUGUCCCUUAAGGACCAUUAUUCUUCUUCCAUCUGUGAUACUCCGCGAAAUGGGUGUGUCCCCCUCUGAGGAUCUGAGAGGCAUUCUAGUAAAAAGAUAAAUUUCUUCCUUGCGAUCUUAGGCUUUGGGUGUUCCUUAUUCUGGGAAGAGAUUUAAAGCUGUCUGCCAGACCCGUGGGCUGUUAAAACAAGACAGUGCCACAAUGCUGAGCUCAGGCCUGCGGAGUCCCCUCCUCCCCCCACUCCUCCUCCUGUUGCUCACAGCCAUGGAGCUGAGCUGGUCCUUUUCAAGCGAGGACAAAAAGCUGAUCCUGGACCUGCACAACCAGUACCGGUCGAAGGUCUCACCUCCAGCAGCAGAUAUGUUGAAAAUGAGCUGGGAUACAGAAUUGGAAGCCAUUGCCAAAGACUAUGCAACAAAAUGCAUUUGGGAACACAACGAGGAGAGGGGCUGGCGAGGCGAGAAUCUCUUUGCUAUGUCUGGAGACCUAGAUGUGAAGACAAUAGUGGAAAGUUGGUAUGAUGAAUACCAGUAUUAUAACAUGACUACAUUAACAUGUGAAGAAGGACAGAUGUGUGGUCACUAUACACAGGUGGUUUGGGCAAACACCGAGCGUGUUGGCUGCGGAACGGUUUUUUGUGAGACCCUGGAAGUUCUCAAUGACACCGAUAUGCAUUUAGUAGUCUGCAACUAUGAACCCCCGGGGAAUGUAAAAGGACGUAAACCAUACAAGGAAGGCGAGCCAUGUUCCAUGUGUCCAGAAGGUUAUUCAUGUAAGGAUGCUCUCUGCGAAUCCAGUGCUGAUGAGGAAACUACUUCAUCUCCUGGACCCACCUUGAGUGAAACCCUAGCUCCAGAAGACACCACAAAAGGCUCAUCACCAGAAACACCAGAAAGUACGCAAACUGGGAUAGAAACAGGAUCUGAUACUCCAAUGGCAGGAGGGCCAACCACUUCCCAAGAGUCAGCUUUAGACGUGGACCUUACAAAAUCUCCAGAACUUCAGGCAAACGCAGAUGGGACCGUUCCCCCUUUGGUGACUACAGGAGGCCUAGAGGACUUAACUCCUAGUCCUACCUCCCUACAAACUCAGCAAGAUACCCAUACAGAUAUUCCUUCAUCUGAUGGUUUAAUCACACCCAAACCUACCAUGGAGAAACCAGUACAUUCUACCCCCAAAUUGCCCUCCACUCCUAAACCACCAUCCAAACCGCCGUCCAUUCCCAAACAGCCACCCAUCCCCAAACCACCUUCUGUUGCUAAGCCUCCCUCAUAUCCCAGACCUCUAUCCUUCCCUAAGCCUCCCUCGGACCCUAAGCUUCCCCCCAUCUCUAAAAAACCUGCAAGCCAUCGUUUGUCAGCCUAUGCCAAAGCUAUAAAAAGACAAAGCAAUGCCAUUCAGUCCUCUGCAGGUAAGGCAGAUUCAGUCUCUGUCUGCCUGCCCUGUCUUGGAUGUAAACAAAUUGCCCAUCAUGAAGAAAUAAAGGUUGCCCUGAAAGAGCUGACUUUCCGAUACCCCUACGCUCCUUGUUUUUCCUCCCUUCCCCGGUGGCAGAGACAUAGCAAGUGCAGCUGGUGUGGGCACACUUGGGGGAAUGCACUUAGGAAAGCUAGGCCUUACUGGCUCAACUCUUUAUAGCAGUGUAUGUAAUUAAAGGUAUUUAUAAGGAGAGUUCUUCAACUUUGGUGCAUGGAUGUGCAUGUGUGCCCAUGUACAGGCAUGCAUGUUUUCUUUUCUGCACUUUUGUGAGGGUUCCAGUCUGCUGGGAAUAGCAUUGUAGCAUGCCUAAGGCUUUGAACACUUGGCAAACUGUGGUUCAAACUUCACCAAAACAAUGGGGCUUCCAACAAUGCUCAAAGAUGUAUGUGUUAAGUGAUGUGGUUUCUUUUUAAAGACCCCAAUGUUUUUCAAUAACCAGGAAUGUGGUGCAUGUCUGACCUUUUUUCCUAUUUUAUUUUCACAUGAGCUUUACAGGGGGUCAGAAUCCAGAUCUAGAACACUGUCAUGGAGCCCCACACUACCAAGAACUCACCUGUGAUGAGUAGAAAUGUUCACAAUUAUCCAUAUUAUUGCAGAUGCCAUAGUUGUUAGUAGGAUUGUGUUUGUGUAUCACUCCUCUGUUUUUCCAUCUUGGCUGUGGUUUGGGAACCAGAAAUAAUAAUAAGUUUAUUUUUGUACCCGCCUCCAUCUCCCCAAAGGGACUCAGGGCGGCUUAUAUAGGGCUGAGCCCGAUCAACAUGGUUAAAAUAUAGCUCAUUAAAAUAUAUAAACAACAACAUUAUUACAAAAUAUAAAAGCAAAACAUCAAAACAUCAAACCAAUAACCAACGGGAAAGUCCAUCCCUAUACUGGAGCUUCUACUUGUCAAUCCAUUCCUGGUCUGAAGUGUCAUAGAUCAUAUGAAACUGAAUCUUAUAAGUAGUUUUAGUAAUAUAGACUGUGUUACUCUCUUUAAUUUGUUCCAAAUGAUGGACCUGUUUUUUUAAACCUAAAACACAAAGUUGUAGGUUUAUAACAUAAUUGUUCAUGCCCAGUCCUGCAGGCUGAGGUAACCUGCCCAUCCAGAGGAAGUGAAUGACUGAUUGGAGAGACUGAUGUGAGUCUGUGUAAAAACACAAUGUGCAUGAGCUGCAUCUGCCAAUAAAUAAAUGAUGGUGUGCACAAGCCUCAGAUAUUUGUGUGGGAGAUGGAUUGUGUGUGUUGAAUGAGUUGUUCCAGAUUUCUCCCCCUUAUCAGAUUGUUACAUUAUUUAGACCAAAUAACUGUCUUAGUGAUUCUUGGCCCUUUCUCCAAAUCUCUAUCUGAAGAGCUGAUCUGCUUGCUGCAUCACUUUCUCGCUAAUUCUAUCUCUUGAUCCUCAGAGGGCCUGUCUGCAUUAUCUUGCAUUCAUAAUUGGGACAUGAGUUAGACUUGAUCUCUCUUUAGUUGUGCGCAGGUAUAUUGCAUGACGCACACUCUUUCUUUCCAUUGCACUGGAUCUGCAUGGAACCAGAAAAACUCCAUUUCUCCUCAGCUGAUUUUUCCUCUUCUUCUUUUUUCAAAAAAAUCAAAGCAGGUGGCAGUGUUACUGAAGAUCUACUGAUGGAUCCACCCAGGAAAGAUUCACAGACGACCAUCUGUUCAAACAGCCAUUCUUUCUUGUUGUUUACCCCUCUUUCCUUAUUAUUCACUCCCAUUCUGCACAGCAUUCUCUUCUGAGACUGCUACAUAAUUUGUCCUCAUAUUUUCUGAGAUACCAGUGAUUUUUUUCAUCAUUCUGCUCUUUGGAGUACAUUUUUUUGGCCUGAAAUACAAAGUUGUAGGUUUAUAAGAUAACUGGAAAUCUGACUUUUGUGGAUUUAUUUGUGGAUUUGUUUUGAUGUACUCUCUAAGAAUCUCCAGGUUCCCCAAAGCAAUUCUGUAGUCAGCUUCUACUGGGGAUUGACCAUAGAGUUAUACAGAGGAUCUAUAUCAGGCAUUGGCAAACUUCGGCCCUCCAGGUGUGUUGGACUUCAACUUCCAUCAUUCCUAACAGCCUACCACCUGUUAGGAAUGAUGGGAGUUGAAGUCCAAAACACCUGGAGGGCCAAAGUGUACCCAUGCCUGAUCUAAAGGGUUAAUGACUAAUUACUAUCAUCUUGGCUAAGCAUUCCAACAGUUUAUUCAGUGACAUGACAAUGCUGGAAUGUUAGAGAUUUUUACCUGGAGAGUAGAAAUGGGAAUGCUUGGAGGGGAAAACGGAAAAACUAGGGGGGAAAAAAACAGUUUUGUCCCAUUUCUUUCCAAAGCCAUUUUCCCCAGAAAAACCGAUCAUAAGUGUGUAGAAACAAAAAGUCUCAGAACUCUUUCAUUAAGGUCUUUGUGCUAUAUAGCUUGAAUACCAUGUCAUAGCUGUAUAAUUUAUCAUUGGAAAAUAACAUAUUCUACGCACUUUCUAUUUUUCUGGAAAAAAAUGGCUUUGGAAAAAAAAAGUUUUCCCCAUUUUUUUCUGGUUUUUUCCCCAGGCCUUCCCAUUUCUACUGGAGAGUAUGUUCCAUUGAUUUUUCAGAUUUAGGAAACCUACUUUUUGGACUACUAUACUACACCUAGAAUUCUUCAGCCAAUAGGGUGUUGGUCAUGGUGACUGGGGGCACUUCUGAGAGUUCAGUUUCAGUUAAAAAAAAAUCCCACAUCUUUCGCAAUUUACUAACUUUAUAUUCUUCAUUACAACUGCAGGUAUAACUACAUCUAUUGUGAUAGCAGCAACAGCAGUUCUUGAUGGACCACUCAUGGAAGGUUCAUUGGAGAGAGUGCUAGGAAAUAUUAAUUAGAUUCAGCGGCAGUGAUAAAAUUGUAGGUGCUAAAUAAUAUAGUUGCUCUCACUUGUAUCCCUAAAUCAGACAAUAGCUUUAUCCCUCUCUCACUAUGGCAUGCUGGCUUUUCCUCUUGCUGCUGGCAUUUCAGAACCAGCCUGUGUUGGUUCUCUAGUUGCCUGAAAUGGCUAUGUAGAAAUAAUUCUGUCCCAUCCUAUACACCAGGGGCCCACUUACAUUACACAAAUAAAGCAUCAUGAAUCCAUUUUAAAUAUCAUGGUUCCAUCAUAUGGAAUCAUGGGACUUGAAAUUUAGGGAGGGCAUUUUGAAAUAUCAACCAGAGAGCUCCAAUAUCUCACAAAAUUUCAAACCCCAGGAUUUCAUAGAAUGGAACCCUGGUAAUUAAAGUAGAAUAAUAAUACUAUCAUUGUAUUGUUGAAGGCUUUCAUGGCCAGAAUCACUGGGUUGUUGUAGGGUUUUUGGGCUAUAUCACCAUGUUCUAGAAGCAUUCUCUCCUGACAUUUCGCCAGCAUCUAUGGCAGGCCAAAAAUAUAUACUCCAAAGAGCAGAAUGAUGAGAAAACCCUCUGAGGAUGCCUGCCAUAGAUGCAGGCGAAACAUCAGGAGAGAAUGCUUCUAGAACAUGUCCAUGUAGCCCGAAAAACCUACAACAACCCAAUACUAUCAUUGUGUAGUGUGUCUGAGGCCCAUGCUUGUCAGAGCAAUGGCUCAUCAGACCAACUUCGUGCCCAACUUUGAUUCCUAUCAUUCAGUCAUCGAUGCUGCUUGGAAAGGUUAUAGGGCUACACUACCCAGAAGCUCUCAGCCAUUCUCCCUAAGGGAUUUUGAGAGGUGUAGUUCAGACAAAUAACGGUUCCAAGUUCUUUCCCACCCAGUGUCUAUGUAUGGCUAUCCUUUCCUUGGAUCUAAAGGAGACUUCUUCAUGACUCAGUGAAGGUUAUUUCAUGCAGUUACAAUUCUAUUUCAUAUCAGGAAAAAUAAUCAGAUCUAGGAGUUAUUCUUCAGCUUUGCAUUGCCUUUUACCUACUGUAUAGCCUUUCCAUUCUGUUUCCAUUUAGCAAAAAAGGAUAUUAUUGGUCUGUAAAACUGCCAAAACCACAUCUAAGUAUUCCCUAAGAAAACCCUAUGAAACUCUUCUCCAUAGGUUGACAGAUGACUUGAAAGCAGAUACACACAGAGAGAACAAUUUGUGGUGUGAUUUGCAGUGUUUUUAUAAUAAUCUCUCUCAUUUUGGAGCUACUUAACCUAAGUCAACAAUGACACGGAAUGCAUCUUGGACAUGAAAAAGUGUGGAAAGUUCUUCAAAAUAUCAGACCAAACAGAACUGGGUUUUACUCUAUGAAGAAUAAUGGCCAAAUUGCUGGGCAAUUAGGUCAAUUGUACAUCACAACCAAGACUUUUUUCUCACCAUAUUGCUGAUGGAUUUGUGCAUUGUUCUAUUCCAGGCAUGGUGUGUUACUCUUAUGACAAACCUCAGUUGGUCCAGCUCAGAUCCAUUUUGAAGGUGCCAAUUGAAUAUUGUAUCCGCAAAUGUGGUGUUUUUUAUGUUGUUGAGAAGGGGCUACAUUUUAAUGUACAAUGAGUUAGCAUUGUAAGGCACGUUUUAAAUGUGCCUGGAAAGUGGUGCUAAAAAUAAAAGCUAUUUUAAAAGCCA